AUGUCAUCGAUGAUAUUCGGCGCUCGGAGCCCACCAUUCCUAGCGCACAGUGUGCGCAACCACAACGCACGCGCGCACGUUGAGACACACCCCGUGGCCCUCCGAGCGAUAACAGAGAGCCACUACAUGGACGACUUCGUGGAGAGCUACGCGACCAAGGAGGAAGCAAGACGAGCAGUACACGAAGUAACCUACGUACACGAGCAAGCCGGGUUCAUACUAGCCGGCUGGAACUCGAGUAAUGAAGACGUAAUACGAGACAUACCCCCAGACCGCCGCGUGCAGCUACCUAAGGAAAUGGGAACCGCUGGUCAUCAAGGCAAGACUCUAGGUCUAAUAUGGGAGGCCACUAAAGAUGAACUAAUGUUCAACACCGCGCUGCCUAGGGUACCGGAGGAGGUCAAGACGUCAGCACGCCCGCCGACUAAGCGCGAAGCCCUCAGCGCUGUCAUGUCGAUCUUCGACCCACUUGGACUGCUAAGCCAUCUCACCAUAACGGCUAAAAUCCUACUGCAAGACUUAUGGAGACAACAGAGGAUAGGAUGGGAUGACCAACUGCCGGAAGAAGCCGCCGAGGACUUCACUAAAUGGAUACGAGCGGUCGACAGCGUGCGAGAAGUUAAACUGCCCCGUUGCUAUGCGCCAACGAGGGGAGUACUGGAACGUCAGCUACACGUAUUUAACGACGCGAGCGACAGAGUGUACGCCACGGUAGCGUACUGGCGAAUCAAUAUACAAGAAGAACAUAGACAGAAGGAUGACAGGAUCGUGCUCUGGUCAGACUCGAAGACUGCUCUCCACUGGAUUCGCAACGACAUCAUCAAGUACACACCGUACGUAGCUCACCGCGUAGGCGAGAUCGCUAACCUCACGCACGUCGAACAAUGGAGAUGGAUACCGAGCGAGUUAAAUGUAGCCGACGACGCCACACGACCUACCUACGAGGUGCGAGCCGAUCAAAGAUGGUUCAUUGGCCCGGCGUUCCUCCGGGAAGAAGAAGAAAGGUGGCCAUCGGAACGCACCGAAGAGGAAAAUGACAACGGACAAGACGAGAUAGUCUGCGCCACGGACAACAGCGAGGGGCCGGCCUACCUACCUGACAUAAGUCGGUUCUCCUCUUACGAGAGACUCGUCCGUGCGACAGCCUACGUCUUACUAGCCGUCGAUAAAAUGAAGAAACGAACGCGAACACUGAAACUCGCCCAUAUCACAAAGGCAGAAGAGCUAUGGUAUAAGAAAAUGCAAGAGGACUCGUACUCCGACGAAAUAGAACGACUGAAAAAGGACUUGAAGUUACGUCCGAACAGCGCGCUGCGUAAGCUCGACCCACGGAUAUUCGACAGAGGCUUACUUACACUACACGGUCGCGUGGGCGUGGCGAGAAUAAGCGAGCAGUCAAAAAGCCCGCUAAUAAUGGACGGCCGCCACGCUUUCACCCAGCUACUCGUCGCGCACGCACACAAGGCGGCGAACCACGCCAACCGAGAGCAAGUUGUCAACGACCUGAAACAGAAGUUCUAUAUCACACGUAUACGUCCUACAGUACGAGCCGUGGACCAUUCAUGUCAACUCUGCAAAGUUAAGAAAGCCAGACCGAGACCGCAAGUUCACGGAGACCUGCCCUACGAAAAACUCGCAGCGCACGGGAGGCCAUUUAGCUACACGGGCCUCGACUUUUUCGGCCCUAUGUACGUGACGGUCGGGCGACAUAAGGAAAAGCGCUGGGGCGCCCUGUUUACGUCUCUCACUACGCGAGCGGUCCAUAUAGAGAUCUCACCGUCGCUAUCUACGGAUUCCGCUAUUAUGUGCCUACGGUGGAUGGCGGCGCGGCGGGGGUGGCCAGUAACAAUCUACACCGAUAAUGGGACGAACUUUCAUGGCGCGGACGAAGAGCUGCGAGCAGCGCAGCGAGAGUGGGGUCCACAACUCAAGGACUUCGCUCUACUACAACGAACGAACUGGAAAUACAUCGCACCCGGGGCACCGAAUCAAGGUGGAGCAUGGGAGCGGCUAAUACGCUCGGUUAAGACAGCGUUAGUCGCCACACUACACGAGCGCUACCCCAGGGACGAAGUACUCGCCACAUUACUCACGGAGGCAGAGUACACGGUCAACGCACGCCCUCUCACUCACGUGCCAGUUGAACCAGGAGACAUGGAGGCGCUAACACCGAAUCACUUCCUACUGGGGACUUCCGGCGGCCUACCCACUACCGGGCCGUGCAGGGAGGUAGACAGGAGGACAUGGAGAGCUACGCAGGCGCUGGCUGACGUGUUUUGGCGUCGAUGGCUAACGGAGUACCUACCUACACUCAUACCACGUGGAGGCACACGGAGCGGGCGCGGAGCGGACCUGAAAGUUGGUGACGUCGUGAUUAUCACUGAUCCAGUACUGCCGAGGAACAUCUGGCCACGAGGUGAAGUAAUCCGACUGCAUCAAGGACCCGACGGACUGACCAGAGUCGCUGACGUACGAACGAGAGGAGGGAUAUUCCGCCGACCUCUACGACGUCUCGCCGUCCUCCCGGUGAAAGAGGGCUGCGAAGAUCUACGCCGAGGGGAGGAUGUUACGGACAGCCGAGAAGAGGAGGUCGCGGGCUAA